UCGUUCCGUUCUGUGUCAUUAGAUGAACUGAGAUUUUAAGUGUUCACGAUAUGGUCCGUGUGUGUUUUAUUUAGCUAUCCAGACCUCUGGUCUGAGAACAAAUCACAGUCUCUUCCUCGACGUAAAAAACUCAUGACAGUAAAACAGGAAGUGGAACUGAGCUAUGUAUGCAGCUAUUGCUUAAGGAGGGAAGCAGGCAUUUAACGCUGUUACAACGAUAAUGUAAUUACUUCUCCACAACUAUAGACAGUCAUGACGGACAGAGAUCCAUCUAUUGUGGUGGUUGGUGCUGGUGUGGCAGGACUUGCUGCAGCCAAGAAGCUGAAAGAAUGUGGAUUUAACAACGUUACUGUGCUGGAAGCCUCCGAGAAGGUCGGAGGACGAGUAGCUACUGCAGCUAUUGGAAAAGCAAGUGUUGAUACUGGGGCACAGUUUAUCCAUGGGGCAACAGAAAAAAACCCACUCUACUGUCUAUUAAAGAAGUCUGGCCUCCUAAGCCAGGUUGCUGAUAUGGGAUCAGAAGCAUUUUACAGUAACAAGGGGCAAAAAGUGGAUGAAAAAUUCGCCAGAAGUGCAUAUGAUGAUGGUGAGGGCAUACUUCGACACCGUGGCAUCAACACGAGGAGGAGUUUGGGGGAACACUUUGCAGAAAAAACCCAGGCUGUGAUUGACAGCCUGCAAGACAGUGAAGAGAAGAAGAGAAAGCAGAGUGUUUUUGCUUUGGUCGGGAAAGACAUGCUGAUAGAUGUUGGAGCUUCAAACCUCCAUAGCAUCUCUCUUGACUCCUGGCAGUAUUAUGUCGACAUGGGGGACACUCUCAGUGUUGCAGGGUUAAUGUUUCAACUGGUGAAUAUGCUACUGGAGGACUUCCCUAAAGAUCGUGUGCUGCUCAAAAGAGAAGUUAGUAAGAUCAGAUGGGAUGGAGCCUUCUCUGCAGGAAAAGACAUGCAGCCCGUUCCUCAUGAUGAACCUCUCACUGCUCAAACUGAAUCCAUUUCUGAAGGGACAGUCCGGCAGUUUCCUGUUUGUGUUGUCUGUGAGAAUGGAGAAGAGAUUCUAGCUGAUCAUGUAAUAGUCACUGUUUCACUGGGCUGUCUAAAGACACAAGCAUCCAGCCUCUUCAUCCCCAGUCUCCCAGCUGAGAAGAUGGAUGUUAUUGACAAGCUAUGCUUUGGCAAUAUUGCCAAAGUCUUUCUGGAGUAUGAAGAGGCAUUCUGGGAGAAUGAUGUUGGUACAUUCAGCCUCAUUUAUGAAGAUGACUCUCCUGCCUCAGUGACCACCAACAAAACUCAGUGGCUCAGGAACAUGCAGUAUUUUACUGUCAUGAGACCCAAAGAAAGGUUUGACAAUACCUUGAUUGGUUGGUGUCCCGGAGACAUAGCUGACCUGAUUGAAACCAUGGCAGAGGAGGAAGUCUCAAUUGCCAUUACUGGACAUCUCAGAAUGUUCUUUGGUAAUCCAAACAUUCCUCCACCGAAGUCCAUACUCUGCACUAAAUGGCGCAGUAACAGGCUCACGCGUGGAUCCUACACUUUCUUGCCAGUUGGUGUAGACGGGCAAGUGAUGGAUACAUUGGCACAACCGCUAAAAGGAGUUCAGCGUCCUGAUGAAGAUCUUCAGGUCAUGUUUGCAGGGGAGGCAACAAUGAAGACUCUCUAUGGCACAGUGCAUGGAGCUCUGCUGUCAGGACACAGAGAGGCAGACAGACUGGCAGCAUAUUAUAAGAAGUCAAUGCUUCCCAUUGUCACUGCCUCAAUGGACAAUCCAGUUUGACAAUUAAAGUCACAUUGUGUUGUAACUAGGGCUGUCGAUUUAACAAGUUAAUUCAGUGCGAUUAAUUUGACUAAAAAUAACAUGUUAAAAAAAUUAACGCCAUUAAUCGCAAUGCCCCCGGACCGUAAUAUGGAAGAUUCCUGAUAAAUGCAAGUUUGUAGUACCACCUGUUUACCCCAGAGGGCAGUAAGUGGAACUUCAGCUGUGUUUCAAUGCACAGAUUAUACAGUGAAGAAAACAACCAUCCAGCAUACAACACAAACAUGUGUUACUUUCUUGCAUUCAAAACACUUGAUGAAGCGCAAAUCGGAACUAAGGAAUCUCAAGAUGUGUUUAAAAAUUGAGUAUUAAACUAUAUUUUACUUGACACAGUGACCUAAAAAUGUUAUGUUUAUGAAGCAACACAUCCAAGACGCUACACAAGCAUCUCUGACGCAGGAGUUCAUUGACGGGUCCUUAAACAAGCCCUCAUAAUAAAUCUCCAACUGAUUGACAAAUUCACUUGUUAAAUGGAUUGCUGUGAACUGUAUGCCAAUGAUUGAUCAAUAAUAUGGUAGUAAACAAUACAUUGUUUUAUCAAUGAUUAACUCUUCUG